AUGAGUAAAACGGAUGCCAAACCUGUGUCUGCUGGAGCAGAUGAUCUAGAUGAUGGUCUUGAUUAUGAGGUUGACCUUUCAGCUUCCGACAGCGAAGAUGUCCAUCUGAUUCAAGAUGAGGAGGAAACUAAAUCAAAAGAUGAACCUAAGCACCAAACCGAAAAUAACGAGGGAGGAAAGAAGAGAAAGGCAAAGUCUUCUAAAUUACAGGAGAAGAAAAGAAUAAAAAUGGAAAUUGAUAUGUCCCAGAAGAAAAAUUUGUCCACAGAAACAGCACCUGAAGUUAUUGCCGAUUACAUUAAUAACAAGAUACGCCAAAAGAACUCCGAAUUGUCAGCUUUAGAAUUAUCCGAGCUUUACUUGAAUAAGUCCGACUUUAGAUCAACUUCAGAAAUUAAUGAUAAGCCUAGGAACUUGGACAAUUUAUCAGCAUUUAUCGAUUCUAAAUUCAAAAACAUGUUACCUAAUACGUCAAAGAAAAAUAAGAAAGCAUCGAAGAAUAAAAAACAAAAGGAUGAUGAAUCUGAAUCUAAAGAUGAACGUAAAUUUAUUUCCAUUCUUUCCAUGUCUGCUAUUCGUGCCUGUGAUAUUCAUCGUGCCCUUCGUGAUAUACCAGGAGCAUCUUUGAAAUUAAUCAAUAAAAACAAAUUGCAUGUUGAUCUUAAUUUAGUUAAAAGUACCAGAUCAAGAGUUCUUUGCUGUACACCAGGAAGAUUACUCAAGGUUUUGGAUAGCGAAGAACUGCAACUUAAAGGUGAAGAAAUAAAGAUUGUGAUACUUGACAAUUCAUAUUUGGAUCAAAAACAACAAAACGUAAUGGAUAUCAAAGAGACCUUUGAAUGCUUAAAGGCUUUGGCGGAUAAAGGAUCUAAAAUUUAUUUAUAUUAA